UUUGUGUAUAAAGUAUGCCAUCACUUCCACAUAACAACAUCACAUUUUUCACACAUAUCCUGAAAGAUAAGUUGAAUCUCUCAAGCAAUAACAACCAUCUUCCCCAUGGCUAGCCUUCUUCUUUCUCUGUUCUCGGCUCUUCUUCUGGCCUCCACCAUUACAGGAUCCGAAGCUUUUUCAACAACAGUGAAGAAACCAUAUCCAGGACAUAAACUAGAGAAGCUAACCCACCUCCACUUCUACUUACACGACAUUGUCACCGGAGACAAACCAACCUCCGUCGUAGUCGCUACAGGUCCCACCACAAACUCCUCGGCAACCGCUUUUGGUAUUGUUUCAGUUAUUGACGACAUAUUGACGGUGGGAGCUGAAAUAACGUCAGGGGAAGUUGGGAGAGCGCAAGGAAUGUUUGCAUCGACCGGCCAGAACGAGUUUAGUCUGCUUAUGGUUUUUAACUUUGUUUUCAGGACGGGUAAAUUUACCGGCAGUACCAUCUCAUUGUAUGGCCGGAAUCCGAUAAUGUCGAAGGUGAGAGAGAUGCCGAUCAUCGGAGGAACGGGAGCUUUCAGGUUCGGAAAAGGAUAUGCACAGGCCAAAACUUUUACGCUCAAUUUUACGAGCAGAAAUGCUGUGAUCGAGUAUAAUGUCUAUAUAUGGCAUUAACUGUUGACUUCUUAAUUUGGUGCUUUCCCAUGUUUACGUGAAAAGAUGAAAGUUUUAGUUUGAAGUUGAACACAUAAAGAAAUAAAAAAGUUGGUGGAAUAAAUGUUUUAUUCUUUCUGUUUUUAAUCGAUAUUGUGUUUUUUUUCAUGUUAUUUUCUUGUAAGAAAUUAUGGUACCGAGAAAUAAUUUGACGAAAUGUAAACACAUUAUAUUUGGUAUAGAAUCGCAUGAAGUAGUGAUGAAACAAGUCUUGAGAUAAUUGAAAGGUACAACUACUCUUAGUCUGUCU